AUGUUGUUGCAGAUGAGACCACGCUGGUUUCCUGAUCUGCGAGUGGCAGCGGUGGUGAGGCAAGUUCGGUCGAAUGAGGAGGUGGAUGUUAAAUUUCCGAGUGUAGGAGGUUUCACCACUACACAUGCCAUCACUGCCCAGGAGGAAGUGAAUGUGGCUUUAGGAGGACAGACUGUACAGUCAUCCACAGAAUUUGUAGGUUGGGAAGCGGACAAGGCCAUUGACACUUCACCCUACACCUGCACCCAUACUGUACAAACAACUGAUAACCCCUGGUGGAGAGUGGAUCUACUGGAUUCUUUCUACAUCUCUAGAGUUGUCGUCACUAACAGACCAGACUGCUGUGGGGAGCGACUCAAUGGAGCAGAAAUUCUUAUUGGAAACUCUUUGGAGAACGACGGCAACAAUAAUCCCAGAUGUGCUGUGCUGUAUGGUGUGGGAUGGGGUCAGUCCGUAUCUGUGUCCUGUGCUGAGAUGAAUGGACGAUAUGUGAACAUCAUUGUACCUGGAAGUUCAAAAGUUCUCACUCUAUGUGAUGUACAGGUGUAUAGUCUGAAAGUCAUAAAAGGUUUCAUGAAGAUAAAAUUUACCUCCAGUCUCGAUAUGUCAGAUCCAGCAGAGAGAAACAAAGUUCUUAAUGAGAUGAAGACCGCUCUGAUUUCUAAAGGAUUCUCUGUUUUCAAACUGAACUGGACAAAACUCCCUCAGGAAGUUAAAGCAAAAACUAAGCAGGGUAAGUAUGUUUACACAACACAACAAUGAAAAACAUUUCAAAAUCUACAUUACAUUAAAACAAAAGUGUAUUUAUGAUUCAUAAAAAUUGAUUGUUUUUAUAUUAACAGGUCAAUGUGCAGCAUCUGAAUGAACAAAC